AUGGCAGAAGCACACCUACCGCCCGUGACCAACCUACCUCCCAUCCGCUACCCUCCCGACGCGUCCACGGUGCCAUGGCUCGAGCAGGGCACGGAAGAGAUGGCGGAGGACCGCCUCGUCGACGCCGCCGGGUGUGCAGUCAUGAUGCGAUGGGAGACUCCGCUCAUGGAGGCCCACGCGGACUUCGUGUGCGCCGAGUCACGUGGGAAGGUCCUGAACGUCGGCCAUGGCAUGGGCAUCGUUGACGCCGCCAUCUCCCGACACAGCCCGCGGCUGCACGUCAUCUGUGAGGCUCACCCAUCCGUUCAGCGGAGAGCGGCGAUGUUUGCCACGCGCUGCAAGGGCGGCGGCGGCGUGGGCGGCGGCGGCGAGGGCGGCGGCGGCCGCGCUAGCAGCAGCGAGCAGAGGUGCGUUGUCGUGCGAGGGCGGUGGCAGUCCGCCGACGUGCAGGCGGAGCUCGAGUCGCUCGGUCCCUUCGACGGGGUGUUUUUCGACACGUACGAAGAGACGGUCGAGGACUUUCUCGCCCUGCUGCUGCGGCUGCUGCGACCGGGGGGGCGCUUCUCAUUUUGCAACAUGUACCAGCCGCACGACGCGGUGAGGCACGUGGCGUACAGUGCCUACCUGCAGGCGCGGCUCGCGCCGCUCGGCCUCAGCUGCUGCUUCGAGCGCCUCGAGCUUCGCGUCCCGCCCGAGACGUGGCGCGGGCUCCGACUCAACUACUGGCCGCACGCCAGCUACCUCCUCCCCCGCUGCCGCCGCUCCGACCCGGCGGCGACGCCGCCACGCCCGCUAAAGCGGCGCGGCUCUGCGGCGGCGGACGGCCCGCUGCCGCCGACCCUGGAGCCGCUCGACGGCUUGCUGUGGUCCGCAAAGCAUUGGGCGUGCCGCAGUGCCACACGCGACUCGUGCGCCGGCCGAACGGGCGCCGCGCCGACGCUCGCCCUCGCUUGGGAGAGGUGUGAGGCGUUGUUUUGGGGCGAUGGCUGA